CCCCAGGUGAUAGGGCUCCGAGGGUCGCGGAGUGCUCCUUCCCGGUCUCCACCGCCAGGACCCCCGAAGCCUUGCUCGCGCUUGUCCAGGCUGCCUCCUGAGGCAGUGAGCCGUCGCCCAGCCCUAGCGCUGGGCUCCUGCCCCCCGCGCUGCCCCGAGCGUCCUGGCCGACCUGCCCGGGUCCCCAUCGCGGCCCCGAGUGUCAGCCACCCCGAGCCCCUCCCACGCAGGCCCCCUAACGCCUCUGGCCACCGCCUUUCCUCCUCUGGUCCCUGGAGGUGGUCGGUUACUAUGGUGAAGCUGGCGGCCAAAUGCAUCCUAGCAGGGGACUCAACAGUGGGCAAGACAGCCCUGGCACAGAUGUUCCGCACCGAUGGAGCCCAUUUUCAGAAGAACUAUACCCUGACAACAGGGGUAGAUCUAGUGGUGAAGACGGUGGCCAUCCCUGACACAGAGGACAGCGUGGAAUUCUUCAUCUUUGACUCUGCAGGCAAGGAGCUAUUCUCAGAAAUGCUGGAUAAAUUGUGGGUCAGUCCCAAUGUCCUGUGCCUCGUCUAUGAUGUGACCAGCGAGCAGUCCUUCAACAACUGCAGCAAGUGGCUGGAAAAGGCCCGGGCACAGGCGUCUGGCACCUCCCUCCCAGGUGUGUUGGUGGGGAAUAAGACAGACCUGGCUGGCAGGCGAGCAGUGGAAUCGGCGCAGGCCCAGGCGUGGGCCCAGGGCCAAGGCCUGGAAUGUUUUGAAACAUCAGCGAAGGAGAUGGAGAACUAUGAAGCUCCCUUCCACUGCCUGGCCAGGCAGUUCCAUCAGUUGUACCAGGAGACGGUGGAGGCCUUCCAGGCACUGGUGUGAGGGGCCAGAGCGCUACUCCCUGCCAUGGUUCACGAGUGCUAUCGCUGUCUCCCUGGAAGAUGAGAAAAGAAGAUGAAAAAAAAAAAAAAAGAUGAAAAAAGGACUUACCUUCGCCUCUCACAGUCCACCGGGAUGACUUUAAAUAAAACGAGGAGACAGUG